GCUCUCUCUCUCUCUCUCUCUCUCUCUCUCUCUCUCUCUGUCUCUCUCUCUCUCACUUCCAACCAUCUAUACUUCCAUUCGCCGACUGAAGGCGCCUGUUCUGCGCGCGUGCACUCAGAGAUCAAAGCUGGUGGAGAGAAGGCGCGAGAGAAGACGCUCCGUUUCUGCGCCUUUAGAACAAUUCUAUAUAUUUUAUCAUCAUUUUCACAUCAUUUUACCUGUUUAUCUCCUCGUGCUCGGUUCCCUGGCUUCGAUCUCUUCUCUACACCUGUGGGCUGACUCUCUCUGACGGACAGACGCGUUUCUUCAAUCUGAAAUAAAAGAAGGUGAAGCGGAAUCUGUUCUUCUAUCCCUCUUUUACAUCCUUCUCCUCGUGCCUCCGCGUGAUGGUAACUCGCGCGGACAGACCUGUGCGCGUGCCCGGGGCUUGAAGGAGCAGCUGGUUCUGCGCUCGAUCCGCAGCCGCGCGCAGCUUAAUCAACAAGCUGUCCCUUCGCCGAUGGGCAUCAAAUCAGCCCGCAUCAUCUAAAUGAAGUUACUCAGCCAUGCAAUGUUCCUGGAAGGCUGUGAUUCUGCUCGGCUUGGCGUCGAUCGCCAUCCAGUACACAGCGAUCAGGACGUUCACCGGAAAAACAUUCCAGAUUUGCCCCUUGACCAGCCCUCUGAACUGCAGCCUGGGGUCGGACGGGGAGGCUUUUGGGGGCUUGUGUGACGAGUUCCCUUAUUUCUUUUACAACAACUCCAGAAAGACCCAUGUCCUCAUCCUGGCCACCACUCGCAGCGGCUCCUCUUUCGUGGGGCAGCUUUUCAACCAGCACUCGGACGUCUUCUACCUGUUUGAGCCGCUUUAUCACGUCCAGACCACCCUGAUCCCUCACUACACGCACAGCCGGAACACAGCCGACCGCAGGGUGAUGCUCGGGGCCAGCCGAGACCUCCUGCGGAGCUUGUACGACUGCGACCUCUAUUUCCUAGAAAGCUAUUUCAAGCCUCAGCCUGCGAACCACACCACGGACAAGCUCUUCCGCCGAGGGGCCAGCAGAGCACUGUGCUCCCCACCAGUCUGCGAUGCGUUCAGCCCCAGCGAGCCGUACAUAGACGAGGGCGAAUGCAUCCGGAAAUGCAGCUCCCUUAACUUGAGCCUUGCGGUCGAGUCGUGCCGGGAGAGACGCCACGUGGCCAUUAAAACCGUGCGGAUUCCGGAGAUUGCAGACCUCAGAGCGCUCAUCGAGGACCCUCGUCUAAACCUCAAAGUCGUCCACCUGGUAAGGGACCCUCGAGGUAUACUUUCGUCAAGGAUCGAGACAUUUCGAGACACCUACCGCCUCUGGAGGAUAUGGAGGGCCACUGGACGGAAACCCUACAACCUAGACCUCACCCAGCUCAGCACUGUGUGUGAGGACAUGCUACGGUCCACAACCACCGGCUCCAGUCGCCCCCUCUGGCUUAGGGGCAGGUACAUACUGGUGAGGUACGAGGAUCUGGCCCGGAACCCGCUCCAAAAGACUACAGAGAUUUACGACUUCCUGGGUCUGCCCAUGGAGAAAAGUGUGGAGGAGUGGAUCCGGAACAACACAAGAGGCAGCAACGACAUCUCGGCCAAGCACAAGUACGGCACGGUCAGGGACUCGGCCGCCAACGCAGAGAGCUGGAGGCUCAAACUGUCUCAUGAAAUCGUUGAACACACACAGACAGUCUGCCAGCAGGUUCUCGAGGAGCUGGGAUACAAACCGGUCAACUCGCCGGAGGAGCUCAAGAACAUGUCCGUCUCGGUCAUCGAGGACAAAACCUUUGUACCUUUUUUGUAAGCGGAAAAAUUGCACAAGUAUUUUUCUAAAUUUCUACUGUUGCCUUAAUCCUUAAAAUCGACUCAUUCGGAACAUAUUUGCACUAAGAACUUUGUAAAGCUCGGAAGUUCGCUCGCGGUCUCGAUGAACAGCACAACAUCAUCAUCAUCAACAAAAACAACAACAACCAACCAACCAAACCAAAACCCCGAGCGGAAGAGAUCUUAGCUUCAGCUCAAAUGCAGUAAACAUCAUCAGAAUCAGAACCACAGCCCUUGUUCACAAAUGUUUAGUUUAAGUAUAUUAAGAAUUGAUCACUAUCUGGGUAAUCAGUUCCUGUAUCCUGUUUCCUUGAUAAAGGUGAAAAGAGUUCUGUGGGUGAAGGACCAAAACUAUUUUCCAGAAACUGCAAACAUUUGCUAAAAUAAGAGAUCUGAAACGGUGACACCAUGCAAUAAACUUGUGAAUGUUGCAGAGA